AUGAGAAAUCUGGGAAGAUUGGUGCAUCGUGCAUUUCUACUGAGCAGCAACAAUGGCGGAUUGCUAUCAAAACCCUUAUUAACGUCAAACAAACCCGCUUUGGGGACAUGCAUAAUUCGUCGUUUAUUUUCAUUCUCUUAUUUUUCGAAUCAUUUGUCCGGUUCAACCUUGCUGAGCUCCUCUGCACGACCCUCUCAAUGGGAUCAUUUACAAGGGCAGAGGAGGAACAUAUUUAUCCAAACGCAGUCCACUCCAAAUCCUGCUUCUCUCAUGUUCUUCCCGGGGAAGCCAAUUAUGGAGAAUGGGAGUGCCGAUUUUCCUAAUGCGCGUUCUGCAAUGAGUUCUCCGCUGGCAAAGGCUCUGUUCGGCAUUGAUGGGGUUACUCGGGUCUUCUUCGGAUCAGAUUUCAUAACUGUGACAAAAUCGGACGAAAACUCAUGGGAUCUGCUAAAACCUCAUGUUUUUGCAGCCAUAAUGGAUUUCUUCUCAUCUGGGCAGCCAUUAAUCUUGGACUCGACAACUAUAGCCUCGAUGGACACGGCCAUACACGAGGACGACUCAGAGACUGUUGCCAUGAUCAAAGAGCUUUUAGAGACUCGUAUUCGCCCGGCAGUGCAAGAUGAUGGUGGGGAUAUCGAGUAUGUGAAAUUCGAGCCCGACACUGGAAUUGUGAAGCUCAGAAUGCAAGGGGCGUGCAGUGGGUGCCCAAGCUCGUCCGUCACCUUGAAAUCCGGGAUCGAGAAUAUGCUGAUGCAUUAUGUGCCCGAGGUGAAGGGCGUGGAGCAAGAGUUUGAUGGUGAAGAAGAGGAUAUAAAGCUUACUGGCGCACCACAUGAGUGA